CGGAAGCGGUGCGCACGGCGUUUGCCCCUGCGUCCCGGCGGGAGCGGGCAGAGUCAGUGGAUGUAGGGCAGGGGAGCCCGACAUGGCUACGGCGGGAGGCGGCGGCUGCGAGAGCGCCGCGCCCGAGGCCGAUCGUCCCCAGCCGCGGCCGUUCCUCAUCGGCGUGAGCGGCGGCACCGCUAGCGGCAAGUCAACAGUGUGCGAGAAGAUCAUGGAGCUGCUGGGACAGAACGAAGUGGACCGGCGGCAGCGCAAGUUGGUCAUCCUGAGCCAGGACUGCUUCUAUAAGGUCCUGACGGCCGAGCAGAAGGCCAAGGCCUUGAAGGGACAGUACAAUUUCGACCACCCAGAUGCUUUUGAUAAUGAUCUGAUGCACAAGACUCUGAAAAACAUUGUGGAAGGCAAAACUGUCGAGGUCCCCACCUAUGAUUUUGUGACCCACUCAAGGUUGUCAGAGACCACGGUGGUCUACCCAGCUGACGUGGUUCUGUUCGAGGGCAUCUUGGUAUUCUACACUCAGGAGAUCCGGGACAUGUUCCACCUGCGCCUCUUUGUAGACACAGACUCUGAUGUUAGGCUGUCUCGAAGAGUUCUCCGGGAUGUGCACCGAGGGAGGGACCUGGAGCAGAUUCUGACCCAGUACACCACCUUUGUGAAGCCAGCCUUUGAGGAGUUCUGCCUGCCGACCAAGAAGUAUGCUGAUGUGAUCAUCCCUCGAGGGGUUGACAACAUGGUCGCCAUCAACCUGAUCGUCCAGCACAUCCAGGACAUUCUCAACGGUGACCUGUGCAAGCGGCACCGAGGAGGGCCCAAUGGGCGCAACUACAAGAGGACCUUCCCCGAGCCAGGAGAUCACCCUGGGGUGCUGGCCACUGGCAAGCGCUCACACUUGGAGUCCAGCAGCAGGCCCCACUGAGACCGGCAUAUGUAGGUUCCCCACAGACCCAUGGUUCAGGGUCUGAGCCUGGGGACAACCACUUGCCCUUAAAAGCACAGUCAGGGGUUCCUCUCAGCAUGAUCUAGGGUGGCAGCAUUUAGGACCAAGGCCUACCUUGCUUGGGAGGGCAGAUUCAUGCUGACAGAGCGUUCCGGUGUCCUCUGCUUCCUCUCAUUGGAGGAGGCCAACAGGUAUCUGGGUCGCUGAGAAGUGUCCCAAACUGCAAAGAAAGCCCACGGUGCCAGCUUCCAGAGGGAUGCAGGUCAUGCAUUAUGGGGCAACUGAGGAAAUAGCCCCGGUACUGGCUGGCCUUGCUGGCCUGGCGUUGAUAGUGAACCACAGUGAUGUGCUUCUCAGUAUGCUGUGGUUCAUGUACAUGUUGCGGAAGUUUGAAGAUACAUUAUAUAUCCUUAUUUGUUUUGUGGCAGGCUGUUUGUGACCAAUGAACCUAGUUUAACACCUCCAAGUGGUCUAUCGUCCAGUCUAAGGAGCCUGAGGCAGGAAGGAACCCUAAGUCUGUCUACUCACGUGACCCUAAGCAGCGUCACACUUGAUGCAAGGAACUCCUGGGUAUCCUAGGGCCUGGAUUGUGGGAUAAAUGGAAGCAGGCCAUCAGGUUUCCUAUGGCUAAAAGUGAUCUUGCAAUUCUGCAGGGAGCCCAAGCCCCAGGGGCUGUCUGUACAAGCCACUUGGGUAUAGUUCAUGGUGAGCAUGCCAGGGCAGGCUAUCUCCAGGUAGGGGAGCACUAAGUGCAGAGCAGGUCACAUGACCGUGGUUGCCUAAAGCCAGCCAGUCUCCUGCACACCCAACCUGAGCUCAUGGCUUCACAAACGGUCCAUUCUAGGAUGUCAAGUUUGUCUCCCCUCCCACGGGAUGGCCCUUUUGGAAGUGUCCUUUGCUAUUGUCACAGGCUUUGGCACAGACGCUUCUCAUUUGUUCUUGUUAAAUACAACCGUGGUCCCACUCAUGACAGUGCUGUACUGGUUUUGUUGAACUGAAACCCUUCUUUGGAGGAAGGAUCAAUAAAUAACACUAAAAAACGA